UCUGCCUCCCAGAGUGCUGCGCGCGGGGGGGAGGUAUUAUAAAUCCUGUCUCGCUGUCAGCCAUAUUGGGAGAGAUCGAGAAGUCAAAUUUGUGAUUUUAUUUAAAACACAAACGCGAAUUCGACAGCGGUCAGGAAGGCAUGUGUUUUUUUUAAUUUUUAUUUGUUUGUCGAACAUCAGCGAGAUUAAGCAGUGUGAAACUUGAGAGAUUUGAGAAAUCAAACCGCCCCACCCCCCUCUGCUGCGGGUAACAAUAUACCAUUGCACGGCCCAUUUACGUUUGUUUUGAACUGGUAACUUCUUGUUGCUGGGCCAAAAGCUUUCUUCCGCUUCUCUUCCAAGAUGGACCAGGACUAUGAGCGACGUCUCCUUCGGCAGAUUAACAUUCACAAUGAGAACGCCAGCCCCUGUACUCCAGAAGUCAGACGGACCCUGACCCCCACAAACUCGCCCAUGUCCUCCCCCAGUAAACACGGAGACAGAUUCAUCCCCGCCAGGGCAGGGGCAAACUGGAGCAUCAACUUCCACAGAAUAAAUGAAAAUGAGAAGUCCCCCAGUCAGAACAGAAAAACAAAGGAUGCAACAGCUGAUAACAGCAAAGCGGAUGGUCUUGCCUAUUCUGCCUUGUUGAAGAACGAGUUGCUGGGGGCUGGGAUUGAGAAGGUGCAAGACCCCCAGACAGAAGACCGGAGGUUACAGCCCUCCACCCCAGAGAAGAGAAGCCUUUUCAGUUACUCCCUCAGUGCCAAGCGCUCCAGUCCGGAUGAUGGAAAUGACGUAUCACCCUACUCCUUAUCCCCUGUUAGCAGUAAGAGCCAGAAACUGUUAAGGUCCCCGCGAAAGCCAACGCGGAAGAUUUCUAAGAUCCCAUUUAAAGUGCUUGACGCCCCAGAGCUCCAGGACGACUUCUAUCUAAACCUGGUGGACUGGUCGUCACUCAACGUGCUCAGUGUGGGGCUGGGCACCUGCGUCUACCUGUGGAGUGCUUGCACCAGCCAGGUGACCCGUCUUUGCGAUCUGUCAGUGGAAGGAGAUUCAGUUACGUCUGUUGGCUGGUCGGAAAGAGGGAAUCUGGUUGCUGUUGGAACCCACAAGGGCUUUGUACAGAUCUGGGACGCAGCAGCUGGAAAGAAGACCUCAACCUUGGAAGGGCACACUGCUCGAGUGGGUGCUCUGGCCUGGAACGCGGACCAGCUCUCCUCUGGCAGUCGGGACCGGAUGAUUCUGCAGCGGGAUAUCCGUACGCCCCCGCUGCAGUCAGAGCGCCGGCUGCAAGGACACAGGCAGGAGGUGUGCGGCUUGAAGUGGAGCACCGACCACCAGCUCCUCGCCUCUGGAGGCAAUGACAACAAGUUGCUAGUGUGGAACCACUCCAGUACGAUCCCCGUGCAGCAGUACACAGAGCACCUGGCUGCAGUGAAGGCUAUCGCGUGGUCCCCACACCAGCACGGGCUCCUGGCCUCUGGCGGGGGCACCGCUGAUCGCUGCAUCCGCUUCUGGAACACCCUGACUGGGCAGCCCCUGCAGUGCAUAGACACGGGCUCCCAGGUCUGCAACCUAGCCUGGUCCAAACACGCCAACGAACUGGUGAGCACACAUGGCUAUUCUCAAAACCAGAUCCUGGUGUGGAAAUACCCUUCAUUAACACAAGUUGCCAAGCUCACCGGGCACUCGUACAGAGUCCUGUACCUGGCAAUGUCUCCAGAUGGGGAAGCAAUAGUAACGGGAGCAGGGGAUGAAACACUGAGGUUCUGGAACGUAUUUAGCAAAACACGCUCAACAAAGGAAUCUGUAUCUGUUUUAAACCUCUUCACCAGAAUACGAUAAAACUGGACAGAACAAUGCAAAAGACUUUACUGGGAACACAACAGGGGGGAAAAAACCACAUGCAUGACUCGCUCUCUCUGUAUUUCUGUAGCUUUUCCUUUUGCAAGGAGAAAAAAAAUAGAAAAAGCCAGUCAAGGACUUAGUUUCAUUUGCGUUUCGUUUGUUUACAAAAGACUGUUUCAGGACUGGUGUUUAAAUCAGGUUUGGGAUGAAAAUUAAAAAUAACAGACAUGAUUAUAGUUUUAUAAUGUACAAAGGUGUACAAAAAAAUGGUAUUGAUUCUUUAAAAUCAAGAAAAGAAAAUGUUUGUUUAUUUAUAUUGCUAAAUAUUCUGAAUGUCAAAGUACAUCAUGGAGAGCCGAUCCAAUGACAGUUUAUUUUUAAACAAAAAAGGGUUUUUAAGUUCAAACUAUAAACAUGAUGUUUCUUAGGACAUUUUUUGUUUAGCAUUCCCAGUUUUGAAGCCUGUGAUUAAAUAAUUUUCAAUGCAGGAUUCAGUUAACAGAAAAGCACUUUUAAUAGAAACAUGGGGGCUGGGACUGUUUGGCCAUCAGUGUCUUGAUAAGGUAGUGAAUGCACCUCUUCCAUCGCUUGCUCUGCUGUAAGUGUGCUCCGUGUCUUGUCUCUCUUGCCCAGGACAGUUUUGAGUUGGUUUUUGUAAAUAGUUGAUCUUGGUGAAUUUUAAAAAGGCACAGAUAUCCGGUAUCAGACACACAAGAUAAGUAUUCAGAACAGAAGACCUGCCCAAGUGAAUAUUGUGGUCCAAUUGAUUUUUACUUUGUGGCUUAUUUUUUGGCAAACCGUCAAGUGCAAGGCGGUCUCAGUCUUUCUUUGAAAUUGUAUACGCAGGUAGUGGUCUAACAACAUUACAAAGCACUCAAAACAAACCCACCCCAAAGAAACCGUUUUGGUUCCAAGAAUCCCUAUUUUUGUGGUCCAGUUAUUUAGAUUUUGUGUUUUAUAAACACGCUUUAACUUUUACACAUGUCACUGUUUCUACACUUUCUAGCUUUUUGAAUCGUUGCUGCUGUUCUGGUGUUUGUGUUCACAUGUCAUUGGUUGUGGUUCCCAAACUGCCUGAAGGGACUUGCAGUACUGGAGCCUGUUGCUUUCUGAAUGUUACAUUUCCAUUCCGUUUUUUGUCUUUAAAAGCUGGUAGCAUUUUUUUUUUUUUUUUUUUUUUGACUGCAACAGGUUUCAGUGAUGCUGGGAGAAACAUCAGCUCAAACAUUGCUGCAGUCAGCAAAUAUCAAAACGGUUGCAUUUGUAUUUAAAAAAAAAAAAAAGUAAUUGAAACAGAAGUUGUAAAUUUAAAGUUUGUUCUAAAUGCAAACUCUUUUUUUAAUACUGUGAUGGGAUUUAUUUUUGUGUGUAUCGCACCUAGACUGCCAUCUAGUAUUCAUUUAAAAAGAUAUGAAAUCUAAGGUGCAAUGCCAUCACUGAUUUUCAUAAUGCAUGCAGAUGUUCAAGUCAAGAUUUUUCUAAAAUGCAAACUUUGUAUGCGGGCCUUCUAUUUGAGUACGUGUUUUGUGGUAACGAGACCCUGUAGAAAUAGUGCUGAUUUCAAAACAUCCCACUUUAACACCUAUUGCAUGAUUCAAGUUCUUAAAACCUUAUAAUGGGCCAUAUGUGUUGUUGUUUUGUUCUAUUUUAUGUAUGGCAUGUGGCAUCUGACUGUUGGAGUGAAUGCUGUAUUUAUUUCUGUAGUGGAAGUCUUUCAACAGAGUAACUGAGUGUGAUACCAAUUGUUUAUUUGGUAGAAAAAAAAAUACUAAACCCUGCGAGAGGUAAGGUGUGAGUCUGUGGUCUGCACUCCUCUUUCGUUUCAUCCACAUUAACCAAAACUGCCAACUUGUACAGCUUAAAGAAUGUUUGGAACGGAAUAUUCAAAGAGUUUAUAACAAUCUAGAUUGUGACCCGGUAGACCACAUGUGCUGUGUAAAAGUUGUAUAUAAGUGCAGUAAAAAUUGUAAAACAGUAUCCAGACAUUAAAACUGUUAUUCCAACUUA